CGAAAAACGAUGCUAAUUGAUGUUUUUGUUUUCAAAUCAGGACCAUUUUAAACCUUGUAAAACACAAACAUUUUUAUAUCAACCUGAUAAGCCCAUUGCAAUUCUGAAAAGCAAGCCCAACAUAUACACACUAAUAAACAUAUUUGAUAGAAACCCAAAACCCAAUUACCCAAAUUUGAUACACCAUAUAGUGCCCAUGGACUCCGUAUCUAGUAAACAUGCUUGCAAUACCCUAGACCCUUUGGUAAACAUAUAUAAACUCGUUAAGCCUCAUCGCCGCCAUUCACCCAUACGUGACCUUCUUUCUGUACAGAGGGAGAUCGGUUAAACCGAUGCUCUAUGCCUAACUCCGCCCACCACCAACCGUCUAUCCUCCUAACUUCGUACAACAUCCAUACUUCCACUGAACUAACGGUUACUCCGAUGCUCUCAUCCUAACCUGGUUCACAGUUCUUUGUAUGCACAAAGUAGAGUUGUCGGUAAUGUUCCAAAGCUUCAUCGUCGUACUUUCCAGGCUCCAUCGAAUCGGUUUUUCACCGAUUACACAAUGCCGAUAGCCGCUCUCAGUCGUCGACCGCCAUCCACUCCUUCAUCGUGCAGCAUCUCCGAUUUCAGCAGGUCGGUGAAACAACCUUCGAAUUACCCAACGAAUCCGAUCGGUUAACCCACCGUCGGUCUCCUAGGCACUCUCUGGACCAAAUCAAGGAUUCAAGGCAGUGGCUUUACCCAGGGAUAUGCUAUGGUUCCCUGUUUGGUUCUUAUCAAGAAUAUAAAGAUAUGCACGUUCCUUUGCUCUUGACUUAUGCAGUUCAAGAUGUGUCCUUUCUACUGUUGCAUGAAUGCUCUCCAUGCCAAUUAGUGAUGUUUAUAUAACAUGAUAAGUAAUAAGAACGAUAUGGUGAACAGAUAUUUAUGUUUGUACAUAAUAUACCUUUCUUCAUGGAAAACAACCUCUGGUGUCUCUCCAUCUCUGCAAUGCGAAACUCAUUUCCGAACUUGCUAUUUUCACUCAAAAUUUAAGAUGGUUUUAUACUAAAAUUUGUAGUGUUUGACCCAAAGGUUAAUAACAUUAACUAACUUGUAGCACACAAUAUUAACUUUGAAAGGACAGCACAGUACUGAUGUAUACUUGCCAUAUAAAAGUUUUGAAUCAAUCGAGAAAAAGCUCCUUUCAAAGGACAGCACGCUGGUACUUUAUACUCCAAAAGAUUUCAUAAUUUUGAAUCAACCGAGAAAGACAGUUGUGUACUUUAUUAGUUAUAUACUACUACGUAAUACCCAAUGGUUAUUAGCUGGCUAUUGUACAGAACAUUAAAUGCAGCCUACAUUAUUGUACUUCUUUUAUUGAGCCACUAAAUUAAUUUUUUGAGCCACACAAACUGAUGCAUUGGAUAUUGGGCUUCUGUUGAAAUUUAUUGAGUUGAUCAGAGAACUUGCUGCACACCCGUUUCUGAACCCAUAUGCACUUGACCCGACCCAUUCCUGUACAGUGUUUGGGCGGGAACACUGUACAGUUUUCAUCUUGCUUUUGUAUAAUAGAAGAUUAUUCACUUUUAUUUAAUAAAUUUAAAUUAUACUAUCCUCCGUUUCUUUUUAAUCGCAACAUGUUGAAUUUUACACUAUUCACAUGUUCUACUUUGACUACAUUUUAUAUUAUUAUUUUAUGAAAAUUAUUUUUUUAAAAUUAUAUUGUUCAAUUCAUCUCAUUACAAAUUUUCAAAAUCUAAGUUUUAAAUAUUUUUUACUAAUAGGGAUUAAGAUAUAAUUACGGUCAAAGAUGUGUGUUGGCAAGUGUGAAAUGUUGACCGUUGCAACUAAAAAAGAAUGGAGGAAGUAUUAACAAUAAAAUAGUUUGAACUAUGCCGGGAAACUCCACAUAGGAUUUCAGAUUGCUAUCUACGUAGUAUAAUUUAUUUUGUUUCCAAACAACAUUUUUUAAUUUUAUUGGAGCACCUUUUUCUUAUUUCAUUUCAUUGUUCUAAGUAUUUUUCACUUUUAUCUAAUAAAUUUGAUGGAGUCUGUAAUAUAAAUACAACUUAUCUCUUUUUUUAAUAUCGGUAGGCGCACCAUCCAUCGGUGGAGUAAAUGCCAAGAAACAUUUACCGUAUUUUAUUAAAAACAAGAAAAGGUACAAAAGGUGAGGGUGGCUAGACUAAUAUUCCACCAGAGAAGGCAUACCUUCUCAAAAUACAAAAAAUACUAAGAAAGUAAAAGAAAAAGUUUGAGGGGACUCUACCUUACCCAAACAAUAGUACAGACUUAUGAGAAGAACUUAGUGAAUACAAGGAAUAUCAAGAGUGUCCAAUUCAAUGAGACUUGAAAUGGAGUUGGAAAGAAUGAGCUUGUUUUUUUGGAAGAACGAGUUUGUUGUUAAAAAAUUUAAGUUGACUCGGAUGUAUGCUAUCUUGGGCUAAAACAUGAGCUGUUGAAUUGAUUUUCCUAUAGAUAUGCCUUAACCGACACACGCCCAAUUCCUCACAGAUAUUCCAAACCUGAUCAAUCGUAUGUAGCAGAGGAAAGACAGUCUAUGAACACCUUUCAAAGCUUUGAUUACCAUCUUAGAAUCACUUUCAAGCUGGAAGUCCUAAAUGCCUUGAUCACCAUUUUAGAGCAAUGUAAACCGCUUGAAGCUCGGCUUGUACAACCGUGCUUGCUUUAAUUGGAAAGGAUAUAACACCAACAAGUUCCCUCUAUCAUCUCUAAGGAUGGCCCCACCUAUGCUUUUCCCAUCUUUGAAAGCAUCAUCAAUGUUCAGUCUAGCAUAAUAAGCAUGAGUUUUAAUUUCUUCAAUAUGAGUUUUAAUCAUCGUUAAAGAUUAGGAAUUUGGCUUCUUUAUGACUAAAACACCACCGGCGAAGACAGUAUUCCCUG